AUGGAGAGACUCAUCAACCCUUUCACAUCAUUCACCACGUCAGACAGGCGCCCGAACAACUCAGCAGGCGCAUCGCAGCCUGAUUCCCAGCCUCAGCAUAUCGAAUGUGCUGCUUGCUUCGAUGACUGCACGGACAAGCACGUCCAGGUCGCCGGCGACCACCUCUGCUCCGACUGCUUCGAGACCGGCUACGUUCCCCAAUUCCAGGAUGCCCUCAAGGACGAAAGCAAGUACCCCGUCAAAUACGGGACUACAGUCCUCGAGCCAAGCCACUAUCCGGAAUUUUUCGAUCCAGCCUUCCUAACCUCCUGGCGCAGCAAAGAAGAAGAAUACACCACCCCAGUCAAAUUUCGUCUUUACUGCAAAAACUCCAUCGACGACACUCCCACCGGCAAACGCAACCGCAACGGCACAUCCAUCAUGACUCAACACCCCUGCGGCCACUUCCUCGGAACCAAAACCCUCCUCUCUUCUUCCUCACCCACCAUCCCCUGCCAAUCCUGCAACCACCUCACAUGCACCCGCUGCUCCCAACCCCGGUCCUCAUCCUCAACCCACGAAUGCCCCGCCACGGAAGAAGAAGAAGACAACGCCUUCGAAGGUCUAACCCAAGGCCUAGACUACCAAAUCUGUCCCCUCCCCACCUGCCGCGUAAAAAUGUCUCUACAAGACGGCUGCAACGGCGUGCGCUGCGCCUUCUGUCGCACAGAUUUCUGCUUCAUCUGCGGAGAAAAAUCUUCGCGUGGACACUGGGACGCAGGUCAGGAAAACGGGUGUCCGAGAUUCGGGACGAAGGGGAGUCGGAGGGCGAUUUUCGAUGAUCCGAAUCCUCAUCCGCCUGCUAACGAACGCAUGCUCAGAGAAGGAUUGGAAAUGUUGACGACGGAACAACUUCUUGCGAUGUGGGAACGCAUGCAGGCGCGAAUCGAAGCUCGGAAUGCGAACAACCCCCCGAACGCUCCUCGUCCUCGUACUGGAUUGGAGAAUUUCUCGGAUCAGGAAAUUGUUGACCGGGUGUUGGCGCGAUCUGCUGCUUCUCGUCGUGCAAAUAACACCGGAACCAGAACGCGAAGUUCUUUCUGA